AUGCCUUCUUCACUCGCCCUCAAGAGAGCUGUUGGUAGCGCAGCUCUGUUCAACCGCCUCUUGAACCCCAUCCAACUCUGUUCGGUGGCUCCCUACAAUACCAACGCUGAAAUGACUCCUUAUGGUUGGUUGUUGACCGCCUUGACUCGAAAAAUUAUUGGUUCUUGUUCAGAUGCCUUUGAUCCCUUCUUCCCUACAAGUAGUUUGAGCCAAGUCCUGAACAUGAUGGACAACCCCUUCAUGUCGGCAGGCUGUGGAAGGGGAGUUGGGGCCGGAAUAAGGAGGGGAUGGGAUUUGCCAAGUAGACAUGCCUGGACUUGA